UGUUCUUAACUUUUGACCAAUUUCGAGGCUCGUGUUCUGAUAAAAUUAUUCUUAUAAAAAGAAAAGAGUGUAAGAUUGUGGCUUUUAAACUAAAAACAUGACUUUUCUCAACUUCCUUCUUAUCAGGAAUUAAGAACAUAUCAAAUCAAUCCUGCAGCGCUUCAACUUUUCCGCAUUGGUCUCCCCCUGAAUCAUAUUGGUUAGUUUUCCCACGAAACUAAGGAGCUUUUUUUCCUGCCACAAAAUUAUUUCCUAGAGCUAACAGGAAGUAAUUUGGUAAAAUUUCCUCACUAGAAGACAUAUUGAAUUCAAUAGAGAUGUUGAAUACUUAUCUCUUUGAUUCCAGUAACCAAGGUUACUAAAUCAUUCUUGAUGAAGAUUGAAGAAGAGCCUUUGUUUCACAUCGAUGAAGUCAACCCCACGCUGUACAAUGCUGUUCAAAGCCUGAAUGAGGUUAAGAUUUUAAGAAUCCAGUUGCAGCAUUUGAAGGGUUUCAUCCUAACAUGCAAGAAUGAUGUAGCUGAAGAUUUUCGAAAACGAUUAUGGCCAAGAGAAUACUUGUGCGAUGAUAUUCAUCAAUACUCGGCAUUGGACUUGGUUCAAGUUCACACUGGGCAACUUACCAACCAUCUACGAAAAAUUAUAUCCUUUUUCACGAAGCAUGUGUACAAGUGCACGCUUUGUAGUCAAAAGGGAUUCAUAUGCGAGCUCUGCAGUAGUGACAAGAUCAUUUAUCCGUUUGAAGUUCUUACAACUGUUCAGUGUCAUCGCUGUCAGUCUGUUUAUCAUAAGAAGUGCAGAAAGGAUAGGAGCUGCUCAAAGUGCCUUCGUCUACAGUUCAGAAGAAAGAACCAGGAGGAGAACAUGGAAGUCUAGAAUUUAUGGCUGCAUGAUUUGCUGCGAUGAGUAUAAGAAAAAUUAACCUGCACCAUAUAAGUCAGUUCUAACACGUGUGCCACCCGAACAGGAUGUGUUUGUGUAAUUGCUACUGUUAAUUGCAAUGUUUUUUUCCCGUGCAAACCAUUUCAACCACACCUAGCAAAAGGAUGAUUACAGUUCUAAGAUUUUAGCUGACAACGCACUAAGGACUGAUUGUUCCUUUGUUUUCGGAGCGUCAGUGUUAAAUAACUUAAAGAUUAAUAAACUUAAAGAUUUCAAAUUUUGACGGUUGUCACAUCUUUGGAGGUAACUUUUGUUGAAUAUGUUGAAUCUAAUAAAAGUA